AUGGUGAGAGGAUUGCUCAAUAAGCUCGCGUCUAAGUCUCUCUCCGUCGCCGGAAAAUGGCAGCAACAGCAGCUACGCCGCCUCAACAUCCAUGAAUAUCAGGGAGCUGAGUUGAUGAGUAAAUAUGGGAUCAAUGUGCCGAAAGGUGCAGCUGUUUCCUCUGUUGAAGAAGUCAAAAGGGCAAUUCAGGAUGUAUUCCCCAAGGACAAUGAGUUGGUGGUUAAAAGCCAAAUCCUUGCUGGUGGGCGGGGCUUGGGAACAUUCAAAAAUGGUCUGAAGGGUGGAGUUCACAUUGUGAAGGCUGAUCAAGCUGAAGAGAUAGCUGGGAAAAUGCUUGGACAGAUACUUGUUACCAAACAGACUGGGCCGCAAGGCAAAGUUGUCAGCAAGGUUUAUUUGUGCGAAAAGUUAUCACUUGUCAAUGAGAUGUACUUUGCGAUUACUCUUGAUCGUACAACCGCUGGUCCUCUUAUAAUUGCCUGCCGAAAGGGAGGAACCAGCAUUGAAGACCUUGCAGAGAAAUUCCCUGAUAUGAUUAUAAAGGUACCUAUUGAUGUUUUUGAAGGAAUUACUGAUGAAGAUGCUGCAAAGGUUGUUGAUGGUUUGGCUCCCAAGGUGGCUGACAGAAAUGCUUCAAUAGAACAAGUGAAGAAGUUAUACAAACUUUUCUGCGAAUGUGACUGUACACUGCUGGAAAUCAAUCCCAUUGCGGAAACAUCUGAUAACCAGCUGGUAGCUGCUGAUGCGAAGCUAAAUUUUGAUGACAAUGCUGCUUUCCGUCAUAAAGAGAUAUUUGCGCUCCGUGAUCCAACGCAGGAGGAUCCUCGUGAGGUGACUGCUGCAAAAGCAGAUUUGAAUUAUAUUGGUUUAGAUGGAGAAAUUGGUUGCAUGGUAAAUGGUGCUGGAUUGGCAAUGGCUACCAUGGAUAUAAUUAAGCUACAUGGAGGAACUCCUGCCAAUUUUCUGGAUGUAGGUGGGAAUGCUUCCGAAGGCCAGGUUGUGGAAGCUUUUAAAAUUUUGACUUCAGAUGAGAAGGUGAAAGCGAUUUUGGUGAACAUUUUUGGAGGAAUAAUGAAAUGUGAUGUAAUAGCCAGUGGCAUUGUCAACGCUGCUAAAGAGGUUCAAUUGAAAGUACCAGUAAUUGUUCGUCUUGAAGGCACCAAUGUUGAUCAAGGGAAAAGGAUCCUCAAGGAGAGUGGGAUGAAGUUAAUUACGGCCGAUGAUCUCGACGAUGCGGCUGAGAAAGCAGUUAAAGCAAUUGCUAGUUGA